CUUGUUCUCCAAGUCAGUCAUUUAAUUCGAAUUCAACUAACAUUUGUACUAUUAACGUGUCACAGCGAAAACAAGCGAAAAUAUGUCACAGAGCCUAGUUGUAGCUUUUAGCCCAUUGCAUUCGUGCCUUGUCAACCUGCCCGCAAGGUGGGUUUCAGCUCUAUCGUCGACAACGGCAGGCAAGGGAUGCAUGGUAUUCAAGAUCAGCUGGGCAAACGACCGGGCCGCCUAUGUCGCCUGGUCAGGAGGCAUGUCUCGCUCAGAACAGCGGGAUCGAACAGGCAAGAUCAGCUCAAGUGUGCUUGAAAUUGACGGCACGUUUGGUAGCCAGCUGGGGUUGGCCGAGGGGGCGGAGGUUUCGGUAGAGUUUGUUCCCAGCGUGUCGACAUGCACUGCUGCAGAGGUCGUGCCAGCGCACUUUGACGACUGGGAGAUCCUGGAGCUCAAUGCAGGAGCGGUGGAGGAACGGCUCCUGCAGCAGGCGCGUGUGGUAACAGUCGAUCAGCCGAUUGUGUUUUGGCUCAACGCGUCGACGUCAGUGUGCCUGCAUACGAAGACCGUUACCCCUAAGGGCAGUGUGUGCCUACUAGACAACGACACCGAAGUCAUGGUUGCACCAAUGGUGCGGUCGCAUGGGACGGGUGGUGGUGCGUCGCAGCUGCUGACGGAUGACAACAACACCCACCUGCCAAGGAUGAAGGUCGCCUGCAUGCGUGUCGCAGUAGAUCAUGGGGUCGAGAUUGGUUCCGUCUAUGUUAACGCAUCUUCGGCUACUUCUGCAGCGCUUAUCAACUCGAGCGAAGCCACGAACAGUAAGCGGAACGAGCGGCUGGUUCGCAUAGCGCACAUAACGAACCACAACGAUAAAUUCGUUAGCGACAACAAGCAGCAGUCGAUAGUGGAGUCACCUAGCGGCAUAUGGCUGUCCCAAUUGGUAACCAGCUCCGAUGUGCAGCCAGGGAUCCUGUUGGUGAAUCCGGUCACACUGGAAAUAUGCGGCUGUGACUUUUCAGUUGGAGAGCUUGUGCGUGUUGAGGCGCUCGCUAGUGUCCGAGGCCGGGUUGUGUUGCCGGUGGAGAUGUCCUUCAUCAGCGACCUCCCGGAUGUUAGCGACAAGGAUAUCAAGGACGCGCUACUUGCGAUGCUUGGCGACCGCCCCUCUAUAGUUGUCAACGUCGGCAGCCAGGUUAUUAGGAACGGUAGCGCUGGUGAAGCACACAAGUCGCUUGCCCGUAUCACGUCGUUCCUGGCACCGCCCGAGCUUGGUGCUGAGGACCAUAUGCCGAAUGCCAGCGAGACACGUGAAGUUGCUCUGCUGGUCUCGAAGGGUAUGCUGGAAACGCUAGAGAUAAACUGCACCACGGAGUCGUUUUCGCUUGACAUCGCAGCAGGGCAGUCCAAUGCAAAGGACUGUAUCCCCACCAACAGCCCACUCGCCGGCAUUGAUGAAUUUUUGAAUGACGCGUGGCAGCGAGUUGAUAGCGCGCUGAUGACCAGCUGUGGUGGUGGUAUUCUGGUCUGCGGCCGGCGAGGAUCAGGCAAGACUAGCAUUCUGAAAAACUUGGCACAUCAUGCAGAAACCCAGCAUCACGACCGCCUUGUGUACUGCCGCUACGUUGAGUGCGCAAAGCUGACCAUUGAUCCCCGUACUAGCAAAGUCAAGGAAGCACUUCAGGCGAUUAUUGACGAUGUUUUGACACAUCAGCCCUCACUGCUAGUGCUGGAUGAUCUGGACGGGCUGUUCCCAGCAGAGAACGAACAAUCAGACUCGAAGCGUGUGCGGCAGCUGGUUGACUGCGUUACAAACCUUCUCAAUCCGCAGGACGGGCGGCAAACAACGGUACUGGCUACUACAGCUAAUCGUGUGCAGCUGCAUAGCGGGCUAUUCACUGCUGGCGUCUUCCACGACGUGCUUGAAAUCCCUUCUCCUGGGAAAGCCGAGCGCGAGCAGAUCUUGAGCGCCAUAGCCAUGGGCAGUGUGACAAAGGCAGACGAUGACGAUGUCAACUUUUCCAUUCUCUCGUACCUCACCGAGGGGUACAUGCCAGCGGAUCUGCACGCCCUGUAUGAGCGGUCAGUUCACGAGGCCACUAUGCGUGUGCUGGAGCAGGAUGCUGAAGCCGGCGAGGGCGACAUUUUAGUCCGACACGAGGAUGUGAUACGCGCCCAUUCGGGCUUCAAGCCGCUAUCCAUGCGUGGUGUGCAGCUCCACUCCUCUCAGACCAGGUGGUCCGACAUUGGUGGUCUGGAGGACACGCGCCGCCAGCUGCGUGAGACGCUUGAGCUUCCAACCAAGUACGCAGCCAUCUUUGCCACCAGCCCCCUGCGUCUGCGAUCGGGCGUGCUGCUUUAUGGCUAUCCCGGCUGUGGCAAGACGCUGCUAGCAUCAGCAAUUGCUCGUGAGUGUGGGCUCAACUUCAUCUCAACCAAGGGCCCGGAGCUGCUGUCCAAGUACAUUGGUUCGUCAGAGCAGUCGGUACGCGACCUGUUCAAGCGUGCAGUUGCUGCUGCCCCAUGCGUGCUGUUCUUUGAUGAGUUUGACUCGAUUGCGCCGCGCCGCGGUCACGACAACACCGGUGUUACCGACCGUGUCGUCAACCAGUUUUUGACUGAGAUGGAUGGCGCCGAGGGCCUUAAGGGCGUAUAUGUUCUUGCUGCAACCAGCCGCCCCGACCUCAUCGACCCUGCCCUUCUGCGUCCUGGCCGCCUUGACAAGGCUUUCCUGUGCGGCAUGCCCGAUCUCAACGACCGCUCCGAUGUUCUCCGGCGGCAGGCCACCAAGCUCAAGGUUUCAAAAGACGUCGACUGGCAAAAUAUUGCACGUCGAACCGAGAGUUUCACCGGCGCUGACCUGCAGGCCCUGGUAUACAACGCGUUCCUGGAGUCGGUACAUGAGAUGACUGACAAACACAAGGCGGCUGCUGUUGAUUCUGACCAAAAUACGAAUGGCGAUGGCGAUGUGAAGCAGGCCGAGUUCACUGUGCUCAGCAACUUGGCUAAGCCGCUGUCCGCUGUUGAAAAGACGCAGAUGGCCGAGCGCCUGUACCGGCUGCUGGUUAAUGCUGACGCGAGCAGUGCGCAAGAGACUUCAGCCAGCAAGGUCAUGGAUGCGGCAGAGCUGGAGUCACUCACGCCUGUAGUGACAAUGGGCCAUUUCGAGGCUGCCUUCAAGGUCACCCAGUCAUCGCUGGGCGAGCAAGACCGCCUCAGGUUUGAGGGCAUAUACCGCGACUUUGUCGAUGACAAGAAGGGCUCCAGCGACAAACCGCGCAAGCCGAUAGAGCAGAAGGCAACCAUGGCGUAA